AAAGACACCGAUCACGACCUGGUGGGAGAUGUCUGUGACACCAACCAGGACAGCGACGGGGAUGGGCACCAGGAUUCCCGGGAUAACUGCCCCACAGUGCCCAACAGCUCCCAGGUGGACACGGACAACGACGGGCUGGGGGACGAGUGCGACGACGACGACGAUGACGAUGGAAUCCCAGACGUGAAACCCCCGGGCCCCGACAACUGCAGGCUGGUCCCCAACCCCGGCCAGGAGGACUCGGAUGGCGAUGGCGUGGGGAACCUGUGCGAGAACGACUUCGACAGGGACAUGGUGAUCGACAGGAUCGACGUGUGCCCCGAGAACGCCGAGGUGACCCUGACCGACUUCAGGGCGUUCCAGACCGUGGUGCUGGACCCCGAGGGGGACGCGCAGAUUGACCCCAACUGGAUCGUCCUCAACCAGGGCAUGGAGAUUGUCCAGACCAUGAACAGCGAUCCUGGCCUGGCUGUAGGUUACACAGCCUUCAACGGGGUGGACUUUGAGGGCACGUUCCACGUCAACACGGCCACGGACGAUGACUACGCCGGCUUCAUCUUCGGGUACCAGGACAGCUCCAGCUUCUACGUGGUCAUGUGGAAGCAGAUGGAACAGACCUACUGGCAGGCAAACCCCUUCCGGGCAGUAGCCGAACCUGGAAUUCAACUGAAGGCGGUGAAGUCCAAAACGGGCCCCGGUGAAUACCUCCGGAAUUCCCUCUGGCACACGGGAGACACCACUGACCAGGUCAAACUGCUCUGGAAAGACCCUCGGAAUUCCGGCUGGAAGGACAAGACGUCCUAUCGCUGGUUCCUGCAGCACCGGCCGCAGGUCGGGUACAUCAGGGCCCGUUUCUACGAGGGCCCCGAGGUGGUGGCGGACACGGGCGUCGUCCUGGACACCACCAUGCGAGGGGGACGCCUCGGAGUCUUCUGCUUCUCCCAGGAGAACAUCAUCUGGUCCAACCUGCGCUACCGCUGCAACGACACCAUCCCCGAGGACUACGAGACGUUCCGAGUCCAGCAGGACUGACCAAGCCCCGGGUGGAGCCGGCCCCGCUCCCCCCGAACCCGCUCCCGCUCUGGAAUCCCGCAGGAAGAACCGUCAGCACCUCCCGCCGCGCCCCCACAGCACCCCCCUCUCGACAGCCA